AUGCUAAUUUAUUUUGUAGGUGAAACAGAUGAGGCCCAGCGACUGAGAUUUCAAGUUGAGCUUGAAUUCGUGCAGUGUUUAGCAAACCCCAGCUAUCUUCAUUUUUUGGCACAACGUAAUUUCUUCAAGGAUCAAGCAUUUGUCAACUACCUGAAGCAUCUCCUCUACUGGAAAGAACCUGAGUAUGCCAAGCAUCUCAAGUAUCCCAUGUGCCUGUACUUCUUAGACUUGCUUCAGCAUGAAAGUUUCCGCAAGGAGAUUGUAAAUGGGCAGUGUGCCAAGUACAUAGAUGACCAGAUGAUCCUGCAUUGGCAGCACUACACACGCAAGCGCAUGAAGAUCCUUGAAACAGGUAGCCAGAAUACGUCAGGCAACGUAGCUGUGUUGUGUGGGGGAGGUGGCUCAGUCUUGGGGUCACCUGCGCACCAGCUGCACAGCACGCCACCUGCUGGUAAUCGCAGUCCAGCUGCGACAAGCACCACACUGCCACUCAAUGCCGGCAGCCACACAACUCUUGCCGCUGCCGCUCCCGUCAGCAGCUCCACUCCUGCCUCUUCUGCAGCGCUUUCUAACCCGACCUUGAAUAUUGGGCUUUCAAAUCCGAACUUGAACAUUAACCAAUCGGUGAUGGCCGGCCCUAUCCUCAACUCUGCUCCUGUGCCGAUGAGUUCUAUAAGCAGUAAUAUCAUGACGUCUUCUACUGUAGGGAGCAUAUCUAACGCAGGUGUUAUGGGCUCACCUCGAGUGUCGUCACCUGGAAAUAUUUCUCCUGCAAGUGCACUUAACGGUCAUUCGCAGAAAAUGUUGUGAUCUCCAUGCUUCUCAAAGCAAUAUCUGAAAACAUGCAGUGUAGGGGUCAAAUGAAUUGUAUUGAAAUGUCCCUGAUAUCAAUGAUUCUGUGGUGAUCAUAAAUCUAAUGCUUUUGUAUUUUGCAAGCAUGAAGAAUAUGUGUACUGUUUUGCAGUGUACGAAACAGCUCAUCUCUCGUUGGAUUGAAGUUAGUGACGCGUUUAGUUUGGAACUUUGCUCAUGAAAAGUGAAGAGAGCCUGAGAAAAUUGUAGCAUAGCUUUGAAACAUUAUAAAACUUUGCAGAAACUCA